UAUUCAAAAAAAUUUGUUUUUUGUGUUUUACCUUCCCAGCUUCCCUCCACAAAACAAAAUCCCUAAAUUCCAUUCCAAAUUCAACUUCCCUUCACCAAUUCUCAAAAUCCCUAAAAUUUCUCUUUUUCAAAUUCAAUUCAAUUUCUUCUUUUUACCCGAUGGAUCUCUCUUUAAUUUGCGAUACGAUAUCGGUAGCCACGUCUCAAGGCCUAGGGUUUGCGAAAUUAAUUAUCGAUCGCCACAAUUGCUUCGCUGGAAACAGUUUCCUUUCCCUCCUCACCGGUUCAUCGGCCGAUAAUGUCGGAAUCCUCUACUUAACCGCCGCAGUCGUCCCCUUUUACUGUGUCGCACCUCCUUCUGUCAAGCCUAACUCGUAUAAGACAUUACCUAGAACUCUCCUCCGCAGAAAGCGCCGUACCAGGCGGAAGUUACUCAGCGGCGAUGAGUCCAACGACAGCGAGGAUUACGGAUUCUUCUUCGAUAGUGACGGUGGCGAUGGAUAUGGUCCGUUUGGCGGAGGCGGAGGCGGAGGCGGAGGUGGAGGGGCCAAUUGGGGUGGGAGUGGUUGGAAUUUCGGCGGGUUUGGAGGGCAAAGUUGGGAUGAAUCUUUGCCGUCGUCUCCGUGGACCAUUAAUGCUUUGGAUUUUGUUUAUGAGGUGAUUUGCUGGAUCGCGUUGUCGAAUUGCGUCCAUUUUGCGUUUAAGAAGGUGGUUAGAAUUGUGGCAAAUGGGAUGGAUGAAUCCGGCAACGGGGACAAGGUUCCGAUGAGAUUGGCUUCAGUUUGCUGAUUUGGCAGAUUAAUUUGGUAUUCCAAAAUCUCCGCCUUGUUAACGAUUGGUUUAUAAAACAGUAUGUACAUUGAACUUGAAUUGGAAAGUUAAAACAGUAUAGCACUGUCAUAGCUAUUCUCAUUGUUGCUGUAAUUAUUGCUGCUGUUGCUUAUUUGCUUUGAAGAAUGCUAUGGCAUGCUCUUGAAUUGAUUGCUGAAAAAUGUAUAUGUUUGUUUGUUUGUAGAAUAGGGAUGUAAAUGUGCUCACAAACUAAUUGGGCUAGACUCAAAUAAAAUUCAAAUUCAGCUUGAUCAUUGUCGAGUGGAGCUAGUAAAUUGACUUAUUGAGCAAGUCGAAUUUGAGCUUUCUAAUGUUUGACUCAAAUAGUUAGUAAGUUUA